GCUCGGUCUCUGCAAUGAGGAAGUUCUCUGCAGCUCGUUUCCUUUCCCUCGCAAAGCGCCUGAAACAGGAAGUUGUCGGUCAGUGAGCUGGUGGCAGCAGCCGGGGCCACAGAGAGGGGACAGACCGGGGCUGCAGCGCGGGGACCUCAGCUCCCUUUGGUGGCGUGUCGGUCGUGCGGGUGGCCGCCGGCCCGGCCGAGGAGGCCCCCGCCCGCCAUGGUCCCCUGCUGGAACCAUGGCAACAUCACCCGCUCCAAGGCCGAGGAGCUGCUCUCCAGGACCGGCAAGGACGGCAGCUUCCUCGUGCGCGCCAGCGAGUCCAUCUCCCGGGCCUACGCGCUCUGCGUGCUGUAUCGGAACUGCGUGUACACUUACAGGAUUCUGCCCGAAGACGACAAGUUCACUGUUCAGGCAUCUGAAGGCGUCCCUAUGAAGUUCUUUGCCAAGCUGGACCAGCUCAUCGAGUUCUACAAGAAGGAGAACAUGGGUCUGGUCACUCACCUGCAGUAUCCCGUGCCGCUGGAGGAGGAGGAUGCUGGCGAUGAGCCUGAGGAGGAGACAGAAGGUGUCCCGUCUCCGCCUGAGCUGCCACCAAGAAACAUCCCUUUAUCUGCCGGGCCAUGUGAAGCCAAGGAGGUCCUUCUCUUGAGUGAGAAUCUGAGGGCCACCGAGGUCAGCCGGCCAAGCCUCUCCGAGACCUUGUUCCAGCGACUGCAGACCAUGGACACCAGCGGGCUUCCAGAAGAGCAUCUAAAAGCCAUACAGGAUUAUCUGAGCACUCAGCUGGCCCUGGACGCUGAUUUCGUGAAGACGGGCUCCAGCAGUCUCCCUCACCUGAAGAAACUGACCGUGUUCCUGUGCAAGGAACUCUACGGAGAAGUCAUCCGGACCCUUCCCUCCCUGGAGUCUCUGCAGAGGUUGUUUGACCAGCAGCUCUCCCCUGGCCUCCGUCCUCGGCCUCAGGUGCCCGGUGAGGCCAAUGCCAUCAACAUGGUAACCAAGCUCAGCCAACUGACAAGUCUACUGUCCUCUAUCGAAGAUAAGGUCAAGGCCUUGUUGCACGAGGGACCCGAGUCUCCCCACCGGCGUUCUCUCAUCCCUCCGGUCACCUUCGAGGUGAAGUCAGAGUCUCUGGGGAUUCCUCAGAAACUGCAGCUCAAAGUCGACGUUGAGACUGGAAAACUGAUCAUUAAGAAGUCCAAGGAUGGUUCUGAGGACAAGUUCUACAGCCAUAAGAAAAUCCUGCAGCUCAUCAAGUCUCAGAAGUUUCUGAACAAGUUGGUGAUUUUGGUGGAAACAGAGAAGGAGAAGACCCUGCGGAAGGAAUAUGUUUUUGCUGACUCCAAAAAGCGGGAGGGCUUCUGCCAGCUCCUGCAGCAGAUGAAGAACAAGCACUCGGAGCAGCCGGAGCCCGACAUGAUCACCAUCUUCAUCGGCACCUGGAACAUGGGUAACGCCCCCCCUCCCAAGAAGAUCACGUCCUGGUUUCUCUCCAAGGGGCAGGGAAAGACACGGGAUGAUUCUGCCGAUUACAUCCCCCACGACAUCUAUGUGAUCGGCACCCAGGAGGACCCCCUGGGGGAGAAGGAAUGGCUGGAGAUACUCAAAAAUUCCCUGCAAGAAAUCACCAGCAUGACUUUCAAAACGAUCGCCAUCCACACCCUCUGGAACAUCCGCAUCGUGGUGCUGGCCAAGCCGGAGCACGAGAACCGGAUCAGCCACAUCUGCACUGACAACGUGAAGACGGGCAUCGCCAACACGCUGGGGAACAAGGGCGCUGUGGGCGUGUCGUUCGUGUUCAAUGGAACCUCUUUGGGGUUUGUCAACAGCCACUUAACUUCCGGAAGCGAGAAGAAACUCAGGCGAAACCAGAACUACACGAACAUUCUCCGGUUUUUGGCUCUGGGAGACAAGAAACUGAGUCCCUUUAACAUCACUCACCGCUUUACCCACCUCUUCUGGCUCGGGGAUCUCAACUACCGUGUGGAGCUGCCCACCUCAGAGGCAGAGACCAUCAUCCAGAAGAUCAAGCAACAGCAGUACACAGAGCUCCUGGCCCACGACCAGCUGCUCAUGGAGAGGAAGGAGCAGAAGGUUUUCCUGCACUUCGAGGAGGAAGAAAUCACGUUCGCUCCCACCUACCGCUUUGAAAGACUGACUCGGGAGAAAUACGCCUACACUAAGCAGAAAGCCACGGGGAUGAAGUACAACCUGCCCUCCUGGUGUGACCGAGUCCUCUGGAAGUCCUACCCGCUGGUGCACGUGGUGUGUCAGUCCUACGGCAGCACCAGUGACAUCAUGACCAGUGACCACAGCCCUGUUUUUGCCACAUUUGAGGCAGGAGUCACCUCCCAGUUUGUCUCCAAAAAUGGCCCCGGGACUGUCGACAGCCAAGGGCAGAUCGAGUUCCUCCGGUGCUACGCCACCCUGAAGACCAAGUCCCAGACCAAAUUCUACCUGGAAUUCCACUCGAGCUGCUUGGAGAGUUUCGUCAAGAGUCAGGAAGGAGAAAAUGAAGAAGGAAGUGAAGGGGAGUUGGUGGUGAAGUUUGGUGAGACCCUUCCAAAGCUGAAGCCCAUUAUCUCCGACCCCGAGUACCUGCUGGACCAACACAUCCUGAUCAGCAUUAAGUCCUCCGACAGCGACGAGUCCUACGGCGAGGGCUGCAUUGCUCUGCGGUUAGAGGCCACGGAGACUCAGCUUCCCAUCUACACACCGCUCACCCACCACGGAGAGAUGAUGGGUCACUUCCGGGGCGAGAUCAAGCUGCAAACCUCCCAGGGCAAGAAGCGGGAGAAGCUGUACGACUUCGUGAAGACUGAGCGGGACGAGUCCAGCGGGACCAAGUCCCUGAAGAGCUUCACCAGCCACGACCCCAUGAGGCAGUGGGAGCCUACCACCAGGGUCCCUCUCUGCAGUGGCUCGAGCAUCACUGAAAUCAUCAACCCCAACUACAUGGGGGUGGGGUCCCUCGGGCACAUGAAACAGGCCCUGUCCCCCGACCAUCAGCCCACAGCCUGGAGCUAUGACCAGCCACUCAAGGACUCCUCCCUGGGACCCGGAAGGGGAGAAGGCCCUCCAACACCACCCUCCCAGCCACCCAUAUCACCCAAGAAGUUUGCAUCCUCCACAGUGACCCGGGGCCCCUGCCUCAGGACACAGGAGUCAAGGCCUGGCGACGUGGGGAAGAGUGGGGUGGAGCCUUUGCCCUCCGAGGACCCCAAGCUGGCCAAGCCCGAGAUGUUUGAGAACCCACUGUAUGGCUCCGUGAGUUCUUUCUCGAAGCUGGUUCCCAGGAAAGAGCAGGAAUCUCCCAAAAUGCUGAAGAAGGAGCUCCCGCCCUGCCCGGACCCACCAUCCUUGUCACCCAGCAUCCUGCUCUCCAAAGCCCAGGAGCCCGAGGGAAGCAAGGGGACUGGCAAGCCAGUGCCUACGCCCCCACCCACGCCCUUCCUCAGCCCCACGCCCCGGCCUCGCUCCUUCACUUGCUCAUCCCCUGCUGAGGGCCGGCCGGCCGCUGGGGACAAGAGCCAGGGGAAGCCCAAGGCCCCUGCCGGCACCCAAGCCCCAGUGCCCGCCAAGAGGCCCAUCAAGCCUUCCAGGUCGGAGCUGAGCCAGCAGGCCCCGCCCACCCCGGCACAGCGGCCUCCCCUCCCGCACAAGAGCCCGGCCGUCCUGCACCUGCAGCACUCCAAGGGCCGCGACUACCGGGAGAACGCCGAGCUGCCCCACCAUGCCAAGCACCGGCCCGAGGACACGCCGCUCAGCAGGGCUGCCAUGCAGUGAAGCCCCCGGUGAGCUGCCCAUAAGACAGGAGCCCAGAGGAGCUGCACCAAGCCACCUGGACCCUCUCCUGGGACUUCCUGUCGGCCCCUCCUACUCAGCUUCCCGUGCAGGGCUUCGUACUUGUCAGGAGGCGGCGUCUGCGUCGCCAGCAGAGUGUGCUGGCUUCGAAACUUGGCCCCAAGCGCUGAGGUUGGAAGGAAAAGCACACCUGACAGGCAACGAACAGCUCACGCACCUGGGCCCCAGCUUGAUCCUGGUACUUGGGACCCCAGAGCCUUGUUCCGGUCACCAUCUCGAAGAAAGGAACGAAAGCGCUGACUUCCAGGUGGAAAUAGAAAUAAUAAUAAUAUUAAUAAUAAUAAUGGCUGCGUGUACCACGUGCCAGGUACCUGCUAAGUGCUUUACGAACAUUACGAGUUGAGACUUCUUCAGCCGACCGCAACCACAUCCCCAGACCCCCCGGUUCCAAACAGGACGUCCCGAGAGGUUUGGAAAAAGCAUUAAAAAGUAAGGCCACUGCCCUCCUGGAGGAAGAGGCUCGCCUGUAGGAAGCUGAAGAAUGAGUGUUAAUUUAGGGCACAAGGAACCUGGCCUUGUAGCUUUAGUGACAAACUGCUUUAGCGAAAGCCCCAGGGGUUCGGGCAGAGCUGGUGCUAAGAGCAGGGUGUCUGGGUCCUCUCGGUUUCUGUUUUGAAGGACAGUCAGCCCUUUCUCGCCAGUGGGGGCGUCCAGCUUCAGCCCGGGCUGCAGAUGCCCAGGCCCUCCCUGACGUGGGCAGCCCCCAGCAGCCCCCAGCAUUUCUGCCAUCAUGCUCCUAGCAGAGUCUUUCCUGGGGCUGCUGAAGCAGCUGCCGCCUGGCUGCCUGGAGGGUGGGCCGCGCCGUGCCCAGCUCUCGGGAUCGUGCAGCCUUUUCUUUGAAACUGCCGUGGCUUUUGGCACUCCGUCCUUGGUCACUAGACUAGAUUGUGAUGUCUUUCCUCGUGUUGCUUUUUCACUUAACGGAAUUGAUGUAGGCAACCAAAUCCAGAAGUGUACGUGUGCCGGAGGCUGGAUCCGCACCCACAGCCCCUUGUGUGCAGUCUGUGCGACCAAUAAAUCGUG